UAAAACUUAUUCUCAUCAAUCAAUUAACCAAAUUAACAGGAAAAAAAUGAUAAUAUCCAAAAACAAUAAGUUCACCUUGUUUGUUACGAAAUCAAGAGAGAGAGAAAACAAAAUUAACUACAAUUAACGAUUCCCCUUAAUCACUAUCAUUAGAUUGUGUCAACUGAAUGAAGGUCAAUGCAUCGACUGUGAACAAUGUUAACAAUCAACAAAUUGUCAAUCAUCUCGUAAUGAAAUAACUGUUUACAUCCGGAAAUCGGUAAGAAAACUUUAAUUCCAAGGUUAAUUGUUAAGUUAAACAAUCAUAAGGACAGAGAAAAUUAAACAGUAAAUGAUCAACCGGAAAGACAGAAAUUGUAAAUUUUAGCUAAAUUGUUUACGAUUUAACUUUAUUAGUAAAACUGUGGCGUGAUAACAAUCAGUCGAUAAGAGAAAUUAAAUUUAAUUCUAAUCAGGUCAAUUCUAAAACUGUCCAAUGUAACCAUUAACGCCGUUAACGUCAACGAACGUUGAUUAACACAAACUAACUAAUACUUGAUUAACCGGACUGAUUUAAAUCAUCGUAUUAAUUUUUGUUUUUCAUUAAGUGAAUUAAUUGUGAACAACAAUCAAGAAAAUAAAUAUUUAUCAACGUCAAGUUUUCAGUUUGACUUUGAUUACCUUUAAUUGCUGAUCGUUAACGAUCAUAAAGUGAACUCUUCUUUUCAUUAAGUUGAUUGUGAACAACGAAAAUGUUGACCAGCGGAUUUAAUUGUUUACCAAUUUGCUUGUUAAUUGUUACAAUUUGGUAUCUGCCUAAUUGCCAAUGUUGGCCAAGCGGUGCUCCGGAAAACGCUUGUGCCACUUUGAGUCCAGGUCACGGCGCUAAUCAAGGUAAACCAGGAUCGAGCUCGCCCUAUGUGAUUACCCAAUCGCACUCUGAUUACAAACCUGGUGAAAGUGUUCAAGUUGUCAUCAAAUCGGCUGAUCCUCAUUCAUUCAGAGGGAUGUUAAUUCAAGCCUAUGAUCCGACUACUGGUCAAACUGUUGGUAAAUUUCAAUCUGGUCGAGGGCUGAAAACAAUUGAUUCAUGUUCAUCGGUCAGUCAUUCUGAUCGACGAGGUAAAAGGUCAGCAACUUUGAUCUGGGAUGCGCCAGCCAAUGGUCAAUCAGGUAAAGUUUUAUUCAGAGGGACAGUUGUACAAAGAUACAGUGAAUUUUAUGAAGGAAUUGAAUCAACUAUUUCUCCUUAAUUGCAACUAUUAACUAGUAUAAUCCAAUUAAUCUAUUAAUUGUUUACCUUGUUAUCUCUGUCAAUUGAACAAUAAAAUUUCAAAUCCUUUGAAAAGUUAA